GAUAUCUUGCUAACAAGUCCACCGUCGGCUGUGAUAACGAUGGGUAUCACCAGUCAGCACAAAGCCCACCAGCCUGCUGAUUGUGAAAUUGGCAAAAUAUUUCCUUCCGUUGCUGGCUCACCUUAAAUGAGCCAGUUUAAUUACCGUUAUUUAACGGAACUGUGUAAUGAAACCGGCUCAGUCAGUGACAUCUUGAGACAAUGUUGCAAACCCUAGUUAGCUAUAGCUGUCAAUACAUUGCUCAGGAACAUUGCUGUAACUAUGUUGCUAGCCUACAGUUCUUCACUGGUGCACCGACUUGUUGUGCCUGGAUGUUUUUAAUGUGCUAGGAGCGUAUUCUCGUUGUUUUUAGAAAGCUAAUCUUUAGAACUUCAUAAGCGAAGGAAUAAUUAAAGAAGGGUGGCAUAUCAGAACUGAAAUAUUGACUCAACAUCAUGCUGUCCAUUGGGGGAUGCCCUGUGGGAGCUGGUCAUUCCUGCGAGCCAUGCGGCUGCUCCUCCGAUGGUUGCGGCCCUGCCUGAAGCAAAGCCGCAGUAAGCCCUCCAAGAGGCUGGGGGAGCUGUGGCUCUACAGUAAGCUGCUGCUCCGCUCCCUCUGCUACAGUGAGCUCACCAACUCCGAUGUGGUCAUCGACUCCCUCUUCGAGCCAGUGUACUGGCUGGUGGACAACCUGACCCGUUGGUUUGGGGUGCUACCUUCUCCUCUCCUCCAGGUGUUUGUGUGUCUGGUCAUCAUUCUAACCAGCUCCGUCCUGAUCAUCGUCUAUUGCUGCGUGCUGCCCACGGUUAUCAGUAGCUACCCCACCCACUGGGUCAUGUGGCACCUCUGCUACGGUCACUGGAACCUGGUCAUGAUCGUCUUCCACUACUAUAAGGCCAUCACAACCUCUCCUGGCCAGCCCCCCCAGGUAAAAUGUGACACGCCGUCUGUGUCAAUGUGCAAAAAGUGUAUUAUUCCCAAACCAGCCAGGACGCACCACUGCAGUAUCUGCGACAGUUGUGUGCUGAAAAUGGAUCAUCACUGCCCCUGGCUCAAUAACUGCGUUGGCCACUUCAACCACCGCUACUUCUUCUCCUUCUGCCUCUUCAUGACCAUGGGCUGCAUCUAUUGCAGCCUCAGCUCUCGAGACAUGUUCCUGAACGCCUACAGUGCCAUCGAGACGUAUUACCAGACACCGCCACCUCCCUUCACCUUCAAGGAAAAGGUGUUUCAUAAGAGCAUCAUUUACCUGUGGGUGCUCACAAGCUCAGUGGCAAUAGCCCUGGGAGGGCUGACUCUGUGGCAUGCCAUACUUAUCACCCGAGGCGAGACCAGCAUCGAGAGACACAUCAACAACAAGGAGACCCGGCGUUUAAAGGAGAUUGGGAAGGUUUUCCGGAACCCGCAUAAUUUUGGGAAAUAUAACAAUUGGAAGGUGCUGUUUGGUGUGAAGACGAGAGGUCAUUGGUUGACUCGAGUUCUUUUGCCUUCUGGCCACGGCCCCUAUGGAGACGGACUGACGUGGGAUUGGUCCCCUCAGAGAAGAGAUCUGCUGGCCAUCUGACCCUGAGAGCCUGCUAGUAUUCUGAACCACGUGGUGCUGGGGACUGUGUCCCACGACUUCUGGGCCUACAGAGGCAGUGCCCUCAGAACUGCCUGUGGAUGCAGCUGCCAGCCCUCUGAAGUAUUCCCCAUGCCCUCUGCUGUCCCAAUGAGUGUGUUGGAUUGUGGGUGCGUUUGUGCAAGUUGAUGUGACAUGUUUCCUCAUUGUGUAACCUCACAGGUCUGCUGGGGUAUGGUUUUUGUUUGUUUGUUUUGCUACCAAGAGCAUUAGCCGUUCUGAGGGACUUACUGGGACACCCAAAGCCUUCAUUUGAUUUCGGCCAAGACUCGCCACAAGUACUUUGGGGUUGUCAUGCCGAUUUGGGGCAGGGUCUUGCUUGGAUCUGCCCGAGUGAAUUUCAGAUCGCAGAAUUCAUUACUGCAACACUGGGAUCAUGUGGCGCUGAGCUCCACAGAAAGACGACUGGAUAUUUCUACCUGUAUCAUGUACCUCAUUUAAUAAAAUGUGGACAUUUCUAGUUU